AUGGGAACAAACUCUGCGGGGUAUGCCAACACUGGGCCUUUGAAACCCAUGAUCUACCCAGAUUCUGUAUCCAUCGUCGUGCCGUGCUACAACUGUGGGGAGUUCGUCAUACACGCUUUUGAAAGUUUCGAGCGAUCGUUUGAGCUGCUCCAUAUGCUUGUUGCGAGCCUGGGCCUCAAUCGAGUCUCCUGCGAGGUUGUGGUGGUCGACGACUUUUCAACUGACAACAGCGUGGAAGUAAUUUCCCGCUUCCUGGACCCCAGCGGCGUCUGGAAUGCAAGGGCCUGCAGUGAAUGCCUCGCUCCGCCGCCUCGCUACACGCUGGUCAGGCACGAGAGGAAUCGAGGAGCAGGUGUCACUCGCAACGAUGGUGUUGCUGCCGCCCGGGGAUCCAUCAUCUUGUUUGGGGAGGCGGACGAUGUCUUCUACGAGCAUCAUGUGCCGACAUGCUGGGACCUGCUGCGCAGGCAUACGAACCUCGCGUUCGUGAAGCUAAGGAUGGACGCCGGGAAGGAAUACUUCGAGAGCUCCUUUGUUGCGCAUCAGGCCCCUAUUCAGGAACUUCAUCCUCACUGGCAAAUCGCCAUCGAAGACACAUCGCCGAUGAACAUCUGCAUAAGAAAAGAGGCCCAUGACUUCAUAGGAGGUUAUCCUGAUGGAGAGCUCUUCCACAUGGACAUGGAGGAUGGUGCAUACAUGAUGUGCCUCUACGAGGCGUACGCAGGCGUCAAAUGGCUGUCCUCACCGUCCACCUUGUACGUCCGACGGCCUGGCAACGGCCUUGACAGGAGGAUGCUUCAAUUCACGCACGAGCCCGGGGCUGUUCAGAUGAGUGAACAGGAUGCAAAAUAUGGCGAUGCCCGCUUCGACCUCAUUGACGGUCAACUUGCUGCCGUCCGAGAUCAACUUGUUGAGUAUCAGGCCGUCGAAGAGCUUCUCGUCCUGGAUGCUUUGAGCAAAGAGGGCAUCCAGCUACACGAAGAGAGAGCCGCAAGGUUCUUUGGUCAUGCCUACGGGAUCUUGUCGCCAUCGUAUCCUCCGCAGCCCAUUGUUGCCUUGCUGUUUCGGGGCUGUAGACCAAGAAGACUGCACGCUCUGCUCGCUCGGCUGCUGUACGUCACCGAGGUCAACCCCUUCAACGUCUUCAUCUUCAUCGACGACAUCGAUCGGAAGAGCUGCCAUGAUCAGAAGAAGACUGCCAGGUUAUUCCCAGUACAUACGUACACGUUCCCGUCAGAGCUCUCGCGGAGGAACAUGUCGGUGAGGGCUUAUUACGCCGUUGAGACAAUCAUCGCUUCUAAAGGUGGUUCCAUCACUCAAUUCCCCGGAAUAGCCCUCUUGCUCGAGCUGGAACAAGAGGCACAAAACUCUACGAUCCAGCUGUACACGCCUGUCUGCAAGAGGGUGGGGAAUCAUCUUGUACAUUAUAACGCCAGUGAUGUGGCCGGAAUGCAACCAACAGAGGAGCACACUUUUCCGCAAGAGUAUGCUUACUUCUGGCAACGAGACAAACCUCUCUCUUCAACGCUGGAGUUGAUGGACGAGAAAUCGCUGAGACAUGCCAAGAUUUGCAGGAGUAUCGUUCCGUCGAGGAUCUCUGCUGACUCAAGUCGCCAUGACGCCCAGGCGAUCGGCUGCUGCGUCGUUCGAGCGGCCUGA